AUGGGUGUGUGGGAAGGGGGCUCUUGGAGGUGGGGAAAUUUCGGCAUUGGAGAUAGUGUUAGUCUUAUGCUUUUGCCUCGCUUAGAAGCAUUAAAGGAGCUGUUGUUUUUUGUUGUUCCGGACCGCGUGUUGGCGGACGAAGUGCGGUGGAGUCCAUCCGGAGAUGGGUUUUUUUCGGUAAGUUCUUGUUAUGCUUAUUUAUCGGAAAAUCUUCUUUCUUCUACUUUUGUUUCGGAUAGAGAAAAGGCUUUGGGGCUGGUUUGGAAAGCUUUAAUCCCUUUUAGAUUUAAAGCUUUUGCUUGGAGGAUAUUAAUAGAUAGUCUCCCCACUAAAAUUAAUCUUUUUGUUAGAGGUGUUAUUUCUUCUUCUCCGGAUCUUCUUUGUGUUUUUUGUAAAGAUAGAGAGGAAAGUUUAGUGCAUCUUCUAUUUUCUUGUGAUAUAGCCAAGUUAGUUUGGAGUUCCAUUCUUGGGUGGUUGAAGGUGGAUUUAAUCUUGCCAUCUUUAGUUUGGGAGAAUUUCCUUUCGGCUUUUGAUUGUGUUAGAAGGAAGAAAGUGAAGAAAGUUUUGUCUCCAGCGGUCAGUGAUAGGAGGCAAUGGACAAUUAGAUUUCCACUUUACUUGAACUUAAUGACUGUUGUUAAUAAAACCAACUGCAACAAGCUUAUGUCUACUCAGAGACAUAGAUUGAGAUAUCACAAAUGGGACAAAGUGAUGUUAAGGUUACUGGACAACAAGACCAAUAUCACAUUGUAUCUAGAAGCAAUAAGGUAA